AUGUGGGUAAUUAUUGUAUUUGAUUAUGAAGAAGAAUUACCAUAUUUGCCUUCUUACCAAAAAUAUAAAGAAUUGGAUAAUGUAACUAUUCCUAAUGAUUAUAGUUAUUGCAUAAAAAACUUGGGAUCAAGUGAUGAAAGUGAUAGAAAACUUUGUAAUAAAGUAGCAAUGAAUUUAAAAGCGUUAAGGGAUGAACCAGACAAAGAAGAACAAAAGAAUGGUUGUCAUUACUUUCAGCACUGGUUCCACGACCAGAUAAGGAAAGCAUAUUAUAAGGGAAAUAAUACACAUCGCAAUUAUCCUGCUGCUGGGAAACUUUUUAAUUUAGUAUCAUUAUAUAUUUCACAAUUUAAAGUAGAUGAAUCUUGCAAUGGCAAUGAUUUUGGAAAUCCUAACAUAUGGAAUGAAGAUAAGGUUUUAUAUGACUAUUUUGAAAAUUUUGAUUACAUUAAAAAUAAUGUUCCAAAUAAGGAUACAUGUCAGAAAUAUGUGAACUAUGUUACGUAUAUUGAUCCUCUAUAUAAAAAUAAAAUUGAAGACUGCUGUGAUAAAGAAGAAUUAUACCCGUAUAUUUGCAGUUCUUCCAUUAAAUGUAAAAGAAAGUACAAUACAAAGGAUUUAUUACUUCAAUUAAACAAAUCCCUUAAGUUAUUAGAUAAAAAACAAGAUGAAGCAAGUAAAAAAGUGGUGAAUACUGAAGAUAAAGAACGAUUAACUUUCUUAUCAAUUAAGAGCAAUGAAGAGUUACUUAAUGGAUUAGCACCUUAUACAUUACACAAUGGAAGCCCAGAACAUGAAACAAUUACUGAUUACCAUAGUACUACAGAAACAAUACAUGAUAAAUUGAACAUGAAACUUUUUAGUAAAAUUAUUACAACUGCUUCAAUACUUGUAGCAACUCUUUUUUUUUUAUAUUACCACAGGAAUGUGCAUACAUUUAAAAUUGCUAUUUAUUUUCAUUUUUUUAUUAAGUCUACUAAAUUAGGGUCAAUAUCUCUCAAAAAAAAAUUGGACAAAAAAAAAAAUGAGAAUAAUUAUCAUAAGGAAUUUGAUGAGGAAUCAUCAACGUAUGAUUCAGAUUCUAUGUUUUUAGAUGCACAAGAAAGGAGAUUAUAUUUAAUUCAUCAUUCUCUAUAA